UCGAAACCAAAAAACAAAGAGAUGAAGAUGAUAAUUUGUUUCAUCUUUCUUCUUCUUCUCUCUUCAUAAUUCCAUCUUUCUUUUAUUUACUUAAAUCACCUCUCCCACCGAGUGUUCUUCGCCGGACGUUUUCUUUCUCUCUCUCUCUCUUUACCGUUUUAAAGAAUUCUAAUUUUUUUUCUCUCAAAAAGAAUUAUAAAUUUUCCGAUAUGAGCAAACUGGUAGUUGAAAUCGUGGACGCGAGCGAUUUGAUGCCUAAGGACGGGCAAGGCUCCGCGAGUCCAUUCGUUGAGGUUGAAUUCGACGAGCAGCGGCAGAGAACGCAAACGCGUUUAAAGGAUCUAAACCCUCAGUGGAACGAGAAGUUAGUUUUCAACGUCGGCGACUUUAGACGUUUGACCAACAAGACUAUCGACGUCACCGUCUACGAUGACCGUCGAGAUAAUCAACCCGGGAAGUUUCUCGGCCGUGUUAAAAUCUCCGGCGCCUCUGUUCCGUUAUCGGAAUCCGAAGCCGACGUACAGAGAUAUCCACUCGACAAGCGCGGUUUGUUCUCUCACAUCAAAGGCGACAUCGCUCUUAGAAUCUUCGCCGCUCCUAUCGACGGCUCAGAUUUCGCCUCCUCGAUUCCUCAGCCUGGUGAGUUUGCCGAGAAAGAGACCAAAGAGGAGAAGAAAUUCGAAACUCAGGAAUUUCAAAAUCAAGCUCAAAACCCUUUCCAGCAAUUCGAGCAAGAGAGUUACGUGGAGACGAUGAAGCCGACGAAGAAGAAAGAGAAAGACUCGAGAACUUUCCAUUCGAUCGGCGCGCACGCCGGAGCUCCACCACCGCAUCAAUCAAAGCCUUCUCAUCUUCCUCCUAAUCAACCGGAGUUUAGGUCAGAUUUCAUGAGAGCUCCGGGACCACCGCCUGCGGCGGUAUUGCAGAUGCAAGUUCCGAGGCAGAAUCCAGAGUUUCAGCUAAUCGAAACCAGUCCUCCAUUAGCAGCUCGGAGGCGACAAUCCUACUAUUACCGGAGCAGCGGAGACAAAACCUCGAGCACAUACGACCUCGUGGAGCAGAUGCAUUACCUCUACGUGAGCGUCGUCAAGGCUCGAGAUCUCCCGGUGAUGGAUGUCUCCGGUAGCUUAGAUCCUUAUGUGGAAGUGAAGCUUGGUAACUACAAAGGCUUGACGAAACAUUUGGAGAAGAAUCAGAAUCCGAGCUGGAAACAGAUCUUCGCCUUCUCCAAAGAGAGAUUACAAUCGAAUCUGCUUGAAGUCACUGUCAAAGACAAAGAUCUCUUGACCAAAGACGAUUUCGUCGGAAGAGUCCAUAUCGAUCUCACUGAAGUUCCUCUCAGAGUUCCUCCGGAUAGUCCUCUCGCUCCACAGUGGUACAGGCUAGAGGACAAGAAAGGGAUGAAGACGAACAGAGGAGAGAUAAUGCUUGCCGUUUGGAUGGGAACUCAAGCCGACGAGUCUUUCCCUGACGCUUGGCACUCCGACGCGCACCGCGUGAGCCAUUCCAACCUCUCCAACACUCGGUCCAAAGUUUACUUCUCGCCGAAGCUGUAUUACCUCAGAAUUCAUGUAAUCGAAGCUCAGGAUCUUGUUCCCUCUGAUAAAGGGAGAGUACCUGAUGCAAUCGUGAAGAUUCAGGCGGGGAAUCAGAUGAGAGCGACGAGGACGCCUCAAAUGCGGACGAUGAAUCCUCAGUGGCAAGAGGAGCUUAUGUUCGUUGUGUCUGAGCCGUUUGAGGACAUGGUGAUUGUUUCUGUUGAUGAUAGGAUCGGUCCGGGGAAAGAUGAGAUAUUGGGGAGGGCGUUUAUACACCUGAGGGAUGUUCCAGUGAGGCAAGAGACUGGGAAAAUGCCUGAUCCACGGUGGUUUAAUCUACAGAGACAUUCAAUGUCUAUGGAGGAAGAGACUGAGAAGAAAAAAGAGAAGUUCUCUAGUAAGAUUCUGCUUCGGGUUUGUAUUGAAGCUGGGUACCAUGUUCUUGAUGAGUCUACGCAUUUCAGCAGCGAUCUUCAACCUUCUUCAAAGCAUUUGAGGAAGCCUAGCAUUGGGCUUCUUGAGCUUGGGAUUCUCAGUGCUAGGAACUUGAUGCCUAUGAAAGGUAAAGAUGGGAGAAUGACUGAUCCUUAUUGUGUGGCCAAGUAUGGGAACAAAUGGGUGAGAACGAGGACUCUUUUAGACGCGCUUGCACCUAGGUGGAACGAGCAAUAUACUUGGGAAGUUCAUGAUCCUUGCACGGUCAUAACAAUUGGAGUCUUUGACAAUGGUCAUGUCAACGAUGGUGGUGAUUCUAGGGACCAGAGGAUUGGGAAAAUUAGAGUCAGGCUAUCUACGCUGGAGACAGACCGGGUUUACACUCAUUACUACCCGUUGCUGGUUCUUACGCCUGGUGGUCUAAAGAAGAACGGUGAGCUUCAGAUAGCUCUGAGAUACACCUGUAUCUCCUUUGUUAACAUGAUGGCACAAUACGGAAGACCAUUGUUGCCCAAAAUGCAUUAUGUUCAACCGAUACCAGUCAGGCACAUCGAUUUGCUUAGGCAUCAGGCGAUGCAAAUAGUUGCAACAAGACUAUCAAGGUCGGAGCCACCGCUUAGACGAGAGGUUGUGGAGUACAUGCUUGAUGUAGACUACCAUAUGUUCAGUCUGAGGAGAAGCAAAGCCAAUUUCAGCAGAAUCAUGUCGCUUCUCUCCUCGGUCACUCUGGUCUGCAAGUGGUUCAACGAUAUCUGCACAUGGAGAAACCCGAUCACAACGUGUCUGGUUCACGUUCUGUUCCUGAUUCUUGUCUGCUACCCAGAACUGAUUUUACCCACCAUCUUCCUCUACCUCUUUGUGAUAGGCAUGUGGAACUACCGGUACAGACCGAGACACCCGCCUCACAUGGACGCUCGUGUGUCCCAAGCAGACAAUGCUCACCCAGACGAGCUAGACGAGGAGUUUGACUCUUUCCCGACCAGCAGACCAGCAGACAUUGUGAGAAUGAGGUAUGACAGGCUUAGGAGUGUUGGUGGCAGAGUCCAGACCGUCGUGGGCGACCUGGCGACACAAGGAGAGAGGAUUCAAGCCUUACUUAGCUGGAGAGACCCGAGAGGAACUGCUUUGUUUAUCGUCUUCUCAUUGAUCUGGGCUGUGUUUAUUUAUAUCACACCUUUCCAAGUGAUCGCAGUCCUAGUCGGGCUGUUCAUGCUGCGUCAUCCGCGGUUCAGGAGCAGAUUGCCUUCAGUACCUGCAAAUUUCUUCAAGAGAUUACCAGCCAAGUCAGAUAUGCUACUGUAAGUAUAUAAUGUAAAAAUAAUAAACAUGAUUAUAUUUGUAGUAGUGUGUAUCAAAGAACACAAGAGGAGAAAUUUGUAGAGGGAAGCGAAGGAAACUAGUUUUUGCCUCUGGGGUUGAAUAUGACUCAUGUAUUCCCCCCAUGUUAUGUUGUUUUCAAUACUCUUUUUAGUGAAAUACAUAACCAGCCAAUUCUUUUUCACAA